AUGCUGAAACCGCUGAAGACAUUCGGCAAUGUGGCUACAUCAAUUGCGCAGCUCAAUCCCUGUGCAACUAUAACCGUCGGGGUGUCACUGUCUGCGUCUGAAGCCAUUAUGAAACGAAAAGAGCGCGAGGACGAUGUGAAGGAGCUGUUUUCGAAAGUCUUGAACGGUAUUGAUGGAUCUCACGCAACAAGUACGGGUUUGUGCCGGAUUGUUCGUUACACGAAGAACAAGAGUUACUGGUUAAGGUUGUUUGAGAGCGCUAGGAAGAAUACAGACGCAGUGAUCAAAGAGUACAACGCAGCCCUCGACGAGCAGAUGCAAAUGUUCCGCGACCAACAUGCUGUUGAGACGACGACCUCACUUGUGUAUCGCAUCGCUGAAGACAUAAACUUGAACGAUAUGGAAUACGCGAAAGGUGUCUCCCUCAACACGUCCAAAAAAUUGAAGACUGGGUUCAAAGGUACUAGAGACGUCGAGCAAAUUAUGUGGUUAUCGGGCAUGGCGGGAAAGGGGAAAUCAGCGAUUGCUCACACCGUUGCCAAUUGGGCCACGACUAUUGGGUGUCUGGGAUCUUGUUUCUGUUCCGACCAGACACGAGAAGCAAAUCGUCUUCAGGAGAAGAUGUUUGCCACCAUUGCUCGGGACUUGGCUGACCACGAUCCUCUUGUGCGUCAGGCGCUGGCAGACGUAAUCCGUGUCAGCGCCGAACUCAGGCACACAUCGGACAUACGAAGACAGUGGCUAGAACUAGUCCUUGGGCUGAUCUGUGCAGCCUCGAAUGUGGUUCGUGCGCCUGUCGUUGUCUUAAUUGACGCGUUGAACGAAAGCGGUGGACGGGAGAUCCGUGAGGAAAUUCUUCGUGUGCUUUCUGGAAGACAAGAUAGGUUCUCACCUCCCUCAACCGAGCUACCAUCAAAUGUUCGGAUCCUCGUAACAUCUCGGCCGCUGCAAGAUAUCAAAGAUGCACUAGAGGAGGCUUCGCAUAUUCGGCGUCUAUCCUUGCAUGACAUCCCUCUGGACGAUUCAGCGCGCGAUAUUGGGAACUAUAUCGUUCACAAGCUCAGGUACCCCUCAAUAACAUUUGACGAUAUUCGCUUUCAAUCGCUUGCGCAGAAUGCGGACAGGGUCUUUGAAUGGGCUCGUCUCGCGUGCUGGUACAUCAAGAUUGACAGUCUGCCGGGACUAGAUGUUAAUGGUCGCUUUGAUUCAAUAAUUGCUGGAACGUCGACCACAGGAAUCCAGCUGUUAGAUAAUAUGUACGAACGCGUUCUGGAAGGGAUCAUGCCGAAGAGCGUGCGCCAGGAUACUAUCCCUCUGUUUCGCUCGGUGAUGGGGCAAAUCAUCUCCUUGUCGGAGCCGCUGCCUGUAGUCGCGCUCGCUGAAAUGCGGAAACGAUAUCUAUGUGAGAGUACAAUACCAGUAGAACCAACCACCAAGUCGUUGAGUGCGCUACUCACCGGUACUCCAGAAGGCCAAAUACCCGUCCGCUCACUCCAUGCAUCCUUCUACGAUUUCCUGAUAGAUAAAGACCGAGGUGGUAUUUUCUAUGUGGAAACAACAGAGGCAUAA